ACAACAUCCAACAGUACAAGCACAUCACCGCAUUAUCAAAUCACUCGGCACCCAACACUUCGGCGACAAUAGAUACCCAUGUAUAACCCAUGGGCAGAGUCAGAGCCACAGAGCUCUGAUACUUGCGAGGGUGAUUCUGCCUCUCAUCAUUCCGCCGCUGAGGAUCCGGCGGAGACGGCAAGCGUCACCGAGACCGGGACCGACAGCGUCUGGCCCGAGCAAGUGGAGACAUCCAACGUCGAUAUCACCGCCGAGAAGCGUCGCCUAAAAGUGUGCGAGGAUUGCCAUAAACGCCACUUCCCACGGCGGGUCAUCCGCUGUGUUGAUGGCACGCAUUAUCUGCCAGAUGGGGCCGUAGGCUCCCCGAGCCAGCGGAACUGCAGCAAUAUUUUCAGGAUCUCUGCCCUCUCCAAAGAGGGUCUUGUUCAGGAUCCCAACAGUAAGAUAGUAUGGAAUCAAAUACCAAAAUAUUACCGUGGAAUUGGCGCUACGGACUGGUAUCCCAUAAGCCAGUUUAUCGGCCUCACCGGUGAAGGAUUCCAGAGCAAGAUUCGCGAUGUUUAUCAUGACUGCUGCUACAAUGCCCCCUGUCCUUCUCAGGACGAGAUCUUCCUGUUUGGCUAUAGCCGUGGUGCCUAUGUCGUUCGUGCUGUUGCCGGCUUGUUUCACUACGUGCGUGCCCUCAAGCCGACGCAGGACAGGAAGACAUGGGACAUGCUCUUCAGGGACUCUCUCAGGAUUUAUACCAAGGUAAAGGACAAGUCGGAGCUAAAUCGCCACGACGAUUGGCUCCGUCUGUCUGCGCACACCACGGAGGCGCCCCGAAUUGCGUUCCUCGGCGCCUUUGACACUGUAAAGUUCCUCAGAGAUAACGGCUUCUAUGACAUAGGUCUCCUCCCAAACGUCGAUUGUGUUCGACAUGCGCUUGCUCUGUUUGAAGACCGGAAGUACAUGAAUCCGCAGUUCUUCUAUGACAAGCUGCAUCCGAGGUCACCCGACGAGAAACCUGCAGACUGGCAAGAGGCUUGGUUUGCCGGGAGCCACUGGAACAUCGGCGGCGCGUGCCCUGGCGACGGCCUCGCCCUGUUGCCUGUGCAGUGGAUGGUCUCGGAGGCGAGAAAGAGUGGCCUCGUCCUGUUUUUCAAGCAAAUCAACCAGCGCAAGAUUGCGGAUCCAACGCAGUACAUCUUUCCCAGCGGCGCCAGGAAGGGGACCGUACAGCUUCAGAACGGCAUUCAUGUCCAACUGUGGAGCCUUAGUGACCCCUUUUCAAAGGAUGACUUCAAUCCAAGGGUUAACAAGACGCUGGAGCCAGCUCCAAUCGAGUCGCAGUACUGGAUUCCUCAUUUCGGAGGACUGUGGAGAGCGGAGAGGAAGAUCUUCCAGGGCGAGAAUCUCCUUGGCCGCUGUGAAGAGUCGAAUGGUGUCUUCAUCCACCCGUCUGUGGUAAUGCAUGACCGCACUACAUCAGAUGUCACUGACGCCAUCAACACGCUUCAAUGCCGAUCAGCGCUCAGAAGCUAUGGCAUUGAAGCUUUCGACGCAAACUCCCUCAGCCCAUGGCUUCCAAAGCCUGGUCGACGCGGGAUCCGGACGUUGCACCCGCGGGUCCUGGUCUGCGGGAGCAUGGGCACCGGCAAGUCUACCCUAAUCAACGGCUACUUGGGGAAAAAAUUAGCUACCGUCGGCCACGGCUCGCGUUCAGUCGAACAUGAUAUCGACAAGGAACUGACUGACGAUUGGAGCCCCAUCACGUUUCAUGAUUCCAGCGGAUUCGAGGCUGGUGCCGAGCAGCAUUACGAGAUCGUGCAGGACUUCCUCGAUCGCAGGAGGAGGAUGUACCCAUUCAGAGAACAACUCCACGUAAUCUGGUACUUCGCCAAGGCAGACGAAGACCGCAUCGCACAGUGCAACAUGGACUUCUUCCGCUGUGUCGACUUUGGCGGGUUGUCUGUGUUGUUGAUAUUCAACCGGGCAGACCGCCUCCGGGACCUCUGCCAGGCUAUCGCAUUCGAAAAGUUCCAGGAGUCUCACCCGGAUAUACAUGAAAUCGAGGGCAUCCCUCAGCACCAACACGGGGAAUGGGAUGCCCUGCGAAGCCACACCAUUGAGGAGAUGAAGCAAAACCGCGUCGCGGACUGGCAGGAGGCCCUUGGGAGGGAGGUAACGGCUUUCUUCACCAGUAAUAAGAGAGAAGAUAAGGAAACCCUGCCGCAGCUGCGAGCAGAGACGAUACGAAGCAUCAAUAGCCCAGCUGUGGCAGGCUUUUACCAAGACGCUCUCGUGAAGCACCUAGACCGGCGGCAUCCCGUUGCCACCAAGAAGGUGGCCGAGUACUGCCAGCAUCUCGACCUGGAGCUGAAGAACAUGAAGGGAAAGACACUGGACGAUAAAUACCUGCAGCUGAGACUGGUUCUCCUCAACCAUCUCCGAGCGACGUUCGGGGUCACUCUCCAGGGCUCGGCGGCCUUCAGUACCAGUCCUAGGCGCGCAAACAUGAGACACAGGGAGAGCUACCAGGAGGUGGUCCGCAGCGGCAUGGCCGGGGCACUAGGAAUCUUCUCUUUUCUCCCCGUCAUGUUCUCUUCCAUUGCCAACCUGUUCUCUUUCCUUAAUGUGUUUACCAUCAUCCUAUCCGUUGGAACUUGGACACUUUUCCGCCCCAUCGUUAGAGCCGACAUGUACCACCGCACGGUGUCCAUCCUCAGCAUCGGUGCGGAGGCCAUCCUAGUAUACGACCGGCUCCUGUGGUACGAUAGCGAGCAGAUCACGCAGCUCGAGAUCGACCUUGCCGAGAACGCGAUCCAGCAGCUCGAGCCGUCCAUCUCCGAGUUCGUGGCGAAGUCGCCCCUGUUGAGCAGCGGGAUCAGGAAGCUACCCUCGCGCGAGGCUGCAGCUGACGUUAUUAGACAUACCGUUGAGCAGUUCCGUCAGCGCCCCCAGGGUGACAAUGAUGGAUCGACGAUAGAUUGGGAGGAGGGGGUUGAGGACGGGGAGGACUGAUGGCUGCAAUAACACAUAUCUUCUUUAAUAGGUAGUGUGGCAAUACUUUCAAGUUUUCUCAAGGUAGUCUUAGCUAAUAUCCACUCUGAUUAUCUAUUUAUUUGGGAAUUCCAACAACCUCUGAAGAGCUAGAUAAGGCUUCGAUGCGGGGAUCGAGCCUUACGCUGCCGUAACAGAGCGGAAGAAAUGACUCCGAGGCUCUCGACUGGUCCUCAAUAUCAUCCCAAUCGAUAUUCCAUUCGUUAAAGCGCAUGCUCAAGUCCGGUUGUAGGUAGAAAUAGAUUGACAAUUCCUGCCUAUAUUGCCAAGUUUGAACGUACCCUAUACGAAGCAAAUGGGCAAAGCUAGCCAGAUGUCAAUAAAAUAUCCAGCUUUCGC